GUUCGUCGCCCGUCGCUGAUUCUCUUUUACUUUUGUGCGAGUGUGUAGUGGGAAAACUACUAUUUUAAGGUUAGGAAUCCGGAAUUGAAUACCUAACUCGCACUAAUAAUCCUGUAAAUGGACAGAUAACUGUUAAAUAAACACAAUUUUAGUGUUACGUAAUAGGUGUGCGGUGUGAAAUUUAGUGUAAAAAUUGUGAAUGAUUCUGUUUGCGUUAAAACUAGGAUCUAGAUUCUUUGCGACGUUAAAAGAUGUCAUCCUGUUUAAUACAGCUGGAUAACUACCGGGGGCAGUACUACGCUGGAAGCGUCAUUGCAGGGAGAGUAAUUUGUUCCUUUGCCAGUUCAAAAAAUAUCAGAGGCGUCAAGUUAAAACUGAAGGGAGAAGAGGAAAAUCAAUGGACAGAGACGGAAAGUUACUACAACCAAGAUAAAAAGGAGCAUGAAACGAGGACUGUUCACUAUCGUGGCCACAACACGUUUUUGCACGUUGAAAAUACUCUACAAGGCGGAGGAGACUUGGGUCCUGGCAGGUUCGAGUACCCUUUCACCUUCCAACUACCAACUAACAUCCCCAGCACCUAUCAAGGACGUUAUGGAGGGGUCACCUUCUCCCUUGACGCUAAAGUCGACAGGCCCUUCAAAGUGGACUACACUGAUACGAAACAGAUCGUCGUUGUUUCUCCUAUAAACUUCAACUUGAUGAAGGACAAACUCCAGUUGGAACCAGUUGACUAUUCCGAAGACAAGACCCUGUGUUGCUGGUGUUGUGCCAGUGGUCCCAUAACCAUGGAAGUCCAUCUGGAUAAAGAAGCGUUUGUGGUGGGGGAAGUGGUUAAUGUCAGGUUGGACAUAACCAAUAUGUCCAACGAAAGUAUCGAGAGCAUUAGUGCUCAGUUGGGUAUGAACGUUAAAUGCAGGGUAACGUCUCCAAGUAGUGACAGCAAGUCGGACUUCGAGCUGCUGGCGACCGACAAUGACACGGGCGUAGGAGCGCACGGGCAAAGAACUUACAAUUUAACUUUGGAGAUUCCAGAGUCGGCGCAGGUGCCCAAUUUUAACUUGUGUGAACUCUUUCGGCAGGAGACUACAUUAAAGAUAACUGCAGUGAUAGAGGGUUGUCACAAUGACAUGGAUUUCGACACGGAGAUCACUAUGGGCCACAUUCCAGUUCAUGAUCCUUCAUCGCCAGCAGAGCAGUACCCACCAAGCGCUUACCAACCUAACAUGUAUCCUCCUAAUACGUACCCACCUAAUACGUAUCCACCCAAUCCAGUGAUGCCUCCGUACCCGCCCGCCCAAGGCAAAAUGCCCGGUCCAAUGGGCUUCGUCGUGCCGCAAGGGGCGGAUUCUGGUCCCAGCGCUCCUCCUUCGGACGGCGGGGCUUCGGCUCCUUCUAAAAGGGAGAUAGCAGAACAGGAAUUCGUUGUGGUGGGGACAGACAAUCCUCAGUUCAACGAAUUACCGCCACCUUCUUACAAUGAAGCCGUGACAUACCCCAUAAAACAGUGAAGGGAGUUGGAAACGUGCCAUAAAUGCAUACAGAAGAAUUUUAAAGUACGUAAAAUGAAAGAAAACUUGCGUCAAGGUCAAUUUGUAGACGGACGGUUCCAACAGGUCAAAAUAGGUCUCGACAGCACGCCGCUGUCUUACGCUUUUUAUAACUAUAAUUGGUCUUUAUCUGCGUAUCGAUUUUCUUUCAUUUCCUGUACUGUAAGUUAUUCCCCUACAAAUUUCAAUUGAGCUUGGGUAAAGCCCAGCAAAUACAAAAUAAUAGGCUAGCGGGUAAAACUCAAUUGACAUUGGUACUUGUGACUAUAGUUUUCUGUUUAGAUUGCGAUGUUGCCUUACCUCCUCAUUUAUUGUUUGUACUGUUAUACAGUGUGACCUAAAAACACUCGAACACCCCCACCCCGAUAACUUUUCAGUAUAGGGUUCUACCAGAAACAAAUUCAGAUUUUCAGGAUAUCAAGAAACCAAUAUGGUGGGGAUUUUGGAUUUGACCUUCACUCUAAGUAUCAAGGUCAAACCAAGAUCUAUAAAAAGGAUUGUUUUCAACUCAGGUAUAGAUCAGUCAUAAAUAUUCAGCCUUACCACAUUUUUACAUCAAUGUUUGAUUGCCAUGAGGUAAUGUAUGUAAGACGCACAUAAUACAUAUAUUCUUAUAAUUUUGUGUGUAAUUUGCUAUAUUUAGAUAAAGACAUGCAUAUUGUAUUCAAGCAUAUUUGCUUGCUGAACUAUGAUCAGCUGCCAUAUUUUUAAGUGAUGUAAAUAAAAAAUGUAUAUUUUUGGUUCAUUUUAUACACUGUGGAUUUAUAUUUUGUACGUUUUUGAGUGUGGAAGUAAAUAAAGCUUACGUUUUAUAAUUA